UAUUUUUGCAUUGUGGAACUGAUUCAAGAUGGCGAACGAUUCGGUGAUAAAUGCGACAGCACGCGAAAAAUGUUUGGCGGACCAUCGCAAAAAACUUCUUGAACAUCGUGAACUUGAGGCCAAACUGAAAAAAAUGCGGGAAGAGCUGAAAGAGUUUACCAAGGAUUAUGAUAAGUCUGAAAAUGAUUUGAAAGCACUUCAAAGUGUUGGUCAGAUUGUAGGAGAGGUAUUACGUCAGCUGACAGAAGAGAAGUUUAUUGUAAAAGCUACUAAUGGACCUCGAUAUGUAGUUGGCUGUCGACGUCAAGUGGACAAGAGCAAGUUAAAAGCUGGAACUCGAGUGGCACUGGACAUGACCACGUUGACUAUAAUGAGGAGUUUGCCUCGUGAGGUGGAUCCACUUGUGUACAACAUGACCCAUGAAGAUCCCGGAGACGUUAAGUAUUCCGAUGUUGGCGGACUGGGGGAACAGAUACGAGAAUUGCGCGAGGUGAUUGAGCUACCACUCACAAAUCCAGAACUUUUCUUGAGAGUCGGCAUUCAACCACCAAAAGGAUGCUUGUUGUAUGGGCCACCAGGUACCGGAAAGACGCUACUUGCAAAAGCUGUGGCCAGUCAAUUGGAUUGUAAUUUUUUGAAGGUCGUGUCAAGUGCCAUUGUUGAUAAAUACAUUGGAGAGAGUGCGAGAUUAAUCAGAGAAAUGUUCGGGUAUGCGAAAGACCACGAACCUUGUAUAAUUUUCAUGGAUGAAAUUGAUGCAAUCGGUGGGCGUCGGUUUUCUGAAGGAACAUCUGCCGACCGAGAAAUUCAGCGUACUUUAAUGGAGUUGCUAAAUCAAAUGGAUGGAUUCGAUCGGCUUGGCAAGGUGAAAAUGAUCAUGGCAACAAAUCGACCAGACACUCUAGAUCCCGCCUUGUUACGUCCAGGAAGACUCGAUCGAAAAAUUGAAAUUUCUUUGCCAAAUGAGCAAGCUCGAAUGGACAUUUUGAAAAUUCAUGCUGGCCCCAUAACUAAGCAUGGAGAAAUAGAUUAUGAGGCUGUCGUAAAGCUGUCGGACGGUUUUAAUGGCGCAGAUCUUCGAAACGUUUGCACCGAAUCGGGAAUGUUCGCCAUCCGUGAUGAGCGGGAUUUUGUAGUUCAAGAAGAUUUCAUGAAAGCAGUACGAAAGGUGUCCGACAACAAGAAGUUGGAGACUAAGCUUGACUACAAACCUGUGUAGGACACGGCUUUUGCAAUAAUUUUUCUCGAAUGGAAGCCAAAAUCUCUUGGAUGGCAACAUACAACGUUUACAUUCAAAUUGCUAUUGUUUUAUUCAUAUUAUGGUAGAACUAUAUUCUUCGUUAUUGAAAAAUAGAUUUUUUGUUGAUUGCAAAAA